UCAAUCCCACACGCCAAGUUUAGAAUUGAAUCCCAAUCAAUUAUUAGACCCACUCUACUGUUUUGCAUUUAAUUUUGUGGACCAAAUGGAGCUAUACGAUCCUUCCUGGACGGCAAAUCUGAUGUUGACUAAAAGCUCUUCAUUUGUUCAUAAAUUUCUUGCAUCAGACUAGUUUACCCAAAUAUUCAUCUCUUGUAUUUUGCUUUCUCUACCUUCUCCAAACUCAGCUGCACAAGAUCCUUCUGUUAUCACUGAUCAUGGCUUCUACUUCUUCCACUCCUCCCAAUCAGGGAAAGAAAUGGGAUGUUUUUAUUAGUUUUAGAGGCGACGAUACGCGUUAUGGUAUUCUCUCCCAUCUCUCUGAUGCCUUGAAGGACAAACAAAUCAAGACUUUUACGGAUGAAGAGCUCCGUAAAGGAGAAGAGAUCUCACCCGAGCUCUUGAAAAUAAUCCGGGAAUCAAGUGUCUCAAUAGUCCUUUUCUCUGAAAAUUAUGCAAAUUCUCCAUGGUGUUUGGAUGAGCUUGUUGAGAUACGAAAAUGCAAGGAAGAAUCAGCACAAAUAGUUCUGCCGGUUUUUUACAAAGUAGAUCCAACUGACGUUCAAAAGCUUUCAGGGAAUUUUGGGGAGGCAUUUGCUAUUGCUAUGGAUGGGGAAAAAGGCAGUUCACAAAAGGUGGACAACUGGAAGCGUGCUUUGAUGGAAGUAAGCAACAUAGCAGGAUGGGAUUCACAGAAAAUCAAGUCUGAGGCCGAAUUAGUUCGUGGAAUUGUCAAUGAUGUUUCAAACAAAUUUAGCCAUAUGUCUAAAAGUGAUGAUUCUUGUUAUCGCAACUUGAUUGGAAUUAAUCCGCGUGUAGAAGAAGUGGAACGGUUGUUAACUGAUAAGCAAAUUGUAAGAAUUUGGGGGAUGGGAGGUAUUGGUAAAACAACUAUUGCACGACAAGUAUUUCAUCGAAACAAGAAUAAAUUUGAUGGUCAUUGUUUCGUUGAAAAUGUUAGGGAAACAAUGACAAAGCAAUCACCAGAUGAUGUACGGAACAAAAUCAUUUGUGAAUUACUAAGGGAAGAACGUAUAGACUAUUUGAAUGAUCGUAUUCACAAAAGGCUGAAGAGUAAGAAGGUAUUGAUUGUUUUUGAUGAUGUAGAGGAUCGAAACCAUUUAAAAGAUUUAGCAGGAGAGUGUGAUUUGUAUGGUGAGGGAAGUAGAAUCAUCAUAACUAGUAGAGAUUCACUUGGUUUAUCAGAAGAAAGCAUAUAUGAGGUUAAGGAGUUAAUUGAUUCUCAAGGUCUGGAACUCUUUAGGUUACAUGCCUUCGAGCAAAAUCGUCCCAAGGAAGAAUAUAAGGAGCUAUCAAAGGAGGCGACAUUCCAUGCUAGAGGCAAUCCACUAGCUCUUAAAGUUUUGGGAUCUCAUUUAUUGGGUAGGACGAUAGAAGAAUGGGAAAGCGAAUUGGAAAAAUUGAAAGGCAAAUCUCUUAAAAAAAUUGAAGUUGUUUUGAAAAGAAGUUAUGAUGGGCUAGAAAAGAAUGAACAGGAAAUAUUUCUUGAUAUUGCAUGUUUCUUCAAAGGGAAAGAUAAAGAUGAGGUUGAGAGAAAAUUAAAAGCAUUUGGUUUCUAUCCAAAAAGUGGAAUACCUUGUCUAAUUAAGAAGUCUCUGAUAACUAUUUCAAACAAUAGGGUAGAUAUGCAUGACUUGCUAGAGCAAAUGGGCAAGGAAAUUGUUAAUGAGGAAUGCAAACAGCCUGGCGGACGCAGCAGGUUGUGGAAUUAUGAAGAUAUUGAUCAUGUAUUGACAACAGAGACGGUAAGGACCAAAUUAAUCAAUGAAGCUUUUAUCAUUAUCAUAUUUGAAUUUUGUAAGAAUUGUAGAUCUCGUGACGAAUUAAAUGAAUCUGCGAACAAAAACUUCGAAUGCGUGGGAGCAAACUCAUACAACUGUGGAAUGGAGGAGAUAAGCUACUCUCGUAACCUGAUCCGGAUUCCGGACUUGUCAAGUAUUGCCCCAAAUGUCGAGAUUUUAUAUUUGGGACUAUGUUCGAGUUUGGUUGAAAUUCCCUCUCUUCAAAAUCUGAGCAAGCUUACUGAACUUGACUUAACUAGAAUCAAAGAUUGUCCAGAGAUUCCGUGUAAUAUAAGGAUUCUAAAUUUAGAGGACACUGAACAACUGCCCUCGUCAAUUAAGCAUCUGUCUCAACUUGUCAUAUUGUCCUUGGAACAGUGUAGAGCACUCGAGAGUCUUCCAAGCAGCAUUGGCAAUUUGAAACGUCUUGAAGAACUUGAUCUACGUGAAUGUUCAAGACUCGUGACUAUUCCAAGCAGCAUAGGCGAGUUGAAAUGUCUUGAAAAAUUACUUCUCUUUGGAUGCUCAAAUUUAGCAAGUCUUCCUGAAAGCAUCAAACAACUUUCGAAGUUGAAACUGCUUAAUUUAAAAUGUUGCAACAGACUUAAAAGUUUACCAGAGCUUCCAUCAUGCUUAGAAUUAUUAAAUGCAGCUGAUUGCCGCUCUCUGGAAUCUGCAUCAAUUUCUUUGAAUUUCUUAGAACAUGAAGAUGAAAAUGAAGAAGCAGAUAAAAGUGAACAUGAAAAUGAAGAAGCACAUAAAAGUGAAUCUGAAGAUUGCAAAUUUCUUGAUUUUAGUAAUUGCGUCAAAUUGAAUAAGAAAGUAAUGGAGGAUGUUUUUGAAGCGCAACUGUUGGGUCAGAAAGUUACAUUAGUGAUGGCAGGAGGUGAAGUGCCAGAAAGGAUGAGGUAUAAGAAUAAAGGAUCCUCGCUUUCCUUCAAACUUGACCUUCGUCACGUAAUUGCCUUCUCUUUCUGCGUUGUUCUUCGUCCCAGAGGUCGUUUUUAUUUUCCUGGAUUUAAAGUGGAUUUCAUAUGUGAAUCUGGAAAUAGGCGGGAACGUAAUGCGUUCAACUUAUAUAGCGAUAGGUUCGUUGCGAAUUGGAAUCGUUAUUAUGCAUGUCCGUCUAGUUCGGACUCAUCACAGGUGUUGCUUUCAUUCAAUGGAUUGAGGACACGUUUUGAUGAAGAGUGUUUCGUUAAGGCCUCAUUUUGCUGCAACGCUGACUGUUUCGUGGAUCUGCAGGAAAUUAUGGAGUGUGGGGUCCAUCCUAUAUAUAGUAGAGAUAAAAGGAGAAGCAGACCCCACUCAAUCUAA